AUGUUCGGGUCGCAGCCCAUUGAGAGACUACUAGGCGCUCCGGAUGGCCCGAACUCCGUCAGCACCUCCGUCUGCACGUCGUCAGCAGUCACGGCCGCGGCGGCCGCGGCGUGCUGUCUGCCACGCAGACGGAGUAUUUCCACGAUUGACCGCUCGCCGUCGAGCGACGCCGCGCCUCGAUGCUCCACACGUGCCGCUAUCAUCAUUGGCCGGAGCGUAAGACGGGCAGCCGCGGAAACUUUUCAGCUGACCAGCCUCACAGUGCAGCUGCUGCAGUUCCUCGGUCUCGGGCUCAACUGGAUGUCCAAGUUCUUUCUCCUCAUGACCUACUCGCUGCUGCUCAUGCCCGGCUUCCUUCAAGUCAUGUGGUACUAUUUCUUCUCCCCCAACGUCCGUCGCAGCAUACCCUACGGCCGACUGCCGCGCAACAGCUUGGAUAUAUUCGUCCCCGCCUCCCCCUCUCCCCGCCCUCGUCCCGUCGUUAUUUUCAUAACCGGGGGCGCGUGGAUUAUAGGAUACAAGGCGUGGGGCACGCUAUUAGCACAGGCGUUAGAGGAACGCGGCGUGAUUGUAGCGAGUAUAGACUACAGGAACUUCCCGCAGGCCACCGUUAGCGGCAUGCUCGACGACGUGACACGUGGCAUCGGCUGGGUGCUGCAAAAUAUCCACCGUUACGGCGGGGACCCGAGUCGCGUGCACCUGGCGGGGCAGUCUGCCGGAGCGCACUUGUCGUCCGUGGCGAUUAUCAGACAGGCUCUAAUGCGCGCUUCGGAGGCUCCGCCGUCGGAGCAGCAGCAUAAUCUGUCGCCUUUCGGUAGCAACUUGCAGCAACCGCAGCAACAACAUCAACAACAGCAACAACAGGAUCAAAAGCAGCAGCACUUGGCGGUGGAAGGCGAAAGCUCGUGUUCAGGGGUAGUUGUUAGUGUAGCAGAAACAGCUGCAGGAAAGACGGAAAUCCGUUACCCGUCUGCAUCCCUCGCUCCCUUCGCGCCUGCUGCUGCUGCUUCUGCGAAGGUUCAUCCUGUCGACGCCUGGAGGGUCAACGCUGCUGCCGCUUCUGCCUCUGCCGCUGUUACUAUUUCCGACGUCCCCGUUACAAGUUUUCCCGAGACUGGUCAUCGCGCCCCUGCCUCCCUCCCCGUUCUGGCCACUUGCGCCGACUCUGGUCACCCCGCGUCCCCUUUCCCCCUCCCCGCUGCUGCUGUCUUUCCGCCCGUCUCUUCCGCCGUUUCCCCUGCGGACCCGCAAGCACCGCCAGCCGCGGGGCUGCGCGGAGAGAAAGAGGCGGCGGCGGAAGCGCUGCGCGCGGGGACGCCGCUAUUUCGCUCGCUGUCGAUGCGGAGGCUACUGGCGCAUCUGGCGGGAAGCGGCGGAGCGGAGGGGAACGAGCCGGGGAGGGGCGUUCUCGACGUGUGGGGCAGCGAGGAAAUCAAAUCUUUCAUCGGCGUCUCGGGAUGCUACAACCUCAUCAACCUGGAACCGCAAUUUGAAUCCAGGGGCAUGAACCCAUACCUCUUCCUCUCCAUAUUCGAGGGCGAGGAGUCCCUCCCUCUCUUCUCCCCCGAGCUGCUCGUCUCCCGCCCCACCUUCAAGGCUGCCGCCCCCCUGCUGCCCCCUGUGCACCUCUAUCACGGGGUAGAUGAUAUAUCCGUUCCGUUCACUGCCAGGUAUGACACCUGUUACAGUCACACUUGUCGCCCCCCUGCCGCCCCCCUGCUGCCACCUGUGCACCUCUAUCACGGGGUAGACGAUACAUCCGUGCCGUUCACUGCCAGGUAA